AUGUCCUCCCCCAUUCACAGCUUCCUCUUCUCCCCUCCCCCUUCCCCACCAUCCCGUGGCUCCGACCAAGACCACAACCACGGCUUGACCUCCCUCAAAUCUCUCCUUCUCCCAGUCGAAUUCAUCCCCCGCUCUUCGUCUGAGAAGGGGCGCUCGCCGAGAACGCCUUCCCAGAGCCGGCUGGGGUUCGAGACCUUGUCUUUGCCCUCGCCGAGAGGGCUGUCGACCGACUCGGAGGCUACGCCCAAAGCUCGACGCCGCUCUGUCGCUUCCACCACGAUCACCCACCAACCCAUCAAUGUCCCCUCUUCCCCCCAGGUCCCCUUCCCUUCCACCAUCCCGAAACCUUUCCUCCGCAUCCUUUUCCUCGCCUGCGUCGUCCUCUCCUCCGCUCUCAUCAUGUACGAGUUCCCGGCAAUGAGGCCGCACGGUAUCGCGAGGGGAAUAGCAUCGGAGGGAGGGAGGGGCUUUGUGGAGCUCAUGGACCCGCUUGGCGAAGAGGCCUACUACCAGCCUCCCCAGACUCAGGGCGCUAGGAUGCUUUGGGGGAGGAAGAGUGUGAGGGAGGAGAGUGUUGUCAUGGAGCAGCUCGCGCAAGAGGUUGUCGCUGUCGCCGCGCACCCUAAGGCUACCCGUCCUGCUCUGCGCGCCCGCCCCCUUCCUGAAUCCCACAAACUUCUUGCGCUCCAGUCGUACAUCCUCUCGUCUGCGUACAACGUCGUUCCUUCUUCCGUCGACCCUUCUCUUCCGCUGGAUGCGAACACCAUCUUGGGUAUCGGCUCGCACAAACUUGGCGCUUUGGGAGGUGAGAGGGAGACUGCGUGGUUGAAGGAUGUCGAGGGAGAGUGGGCGGAUGAGGUUGUGAUCUGGUACGGUGGUGAUGGCGCAAGUCAAUACCCCCACUCGGUCCUUGACAUUAUCGAAUCCACCCACAACUCCAACCGUCACCCCACCUUUAUCCCCGUCCACGCUCGAUCCGACCGCGAGACUAUCCUCGCGAUUUUCGCCCGUCUCGGUUUACCCCUUGCCCAAUCCCCUAUUAUCAUGAUCGACAACAAGCCUAUCGUUGGAGAUCUCGAGACUUUGGAGGAGAUGAAGCUCUCGGGUGAGCUUGGGAGGAGAUUGACGAGCGUAGGGUGGAAGCACGUUGAGAAGAAGGUCGGGUCGAAGCCGAAGAUGGCUGUUAUCAAGAAGCAGCCGCCUACGGAUCAGGAGGAGGCCGAGGAGGCUUUGGUUGAGGCUUAG